AGACUACGACGACGACGAAGAAGAAGAAGCGAGUAGGAAGGUGCUCCGUUGACGCGAUCAGCCGAGCGCCUAUAAAAGAUCCUUCCUGCCACCCAGGUCGCAGCUGUCCGAUCACUCAGUCACCUGCUCUGCCGGCCUCCCGCCGCCGUUGCCGACUUCUCUUCUCUUCUUGUAUGCCGCUCCAUUUCCAUUGCCGUCGCGUCGACCACCCCGACUCUUGCCUUGCAUGUCCACCGCCGCGGCGCCGCCGUCACUCUCCCUGCACCGCCCAGCGGUGACCGCCGCCGCGAGAGUCGCCGCGGCACCGAGCAACAACGCCGCGCACCUCGCCAGCCUCGACAAGCUCUUCCGGAACCGCGGCGGCGUCGAGAGCGCGGCGCCGGCCGUGGAGCCGGUGGUCGCCGCCACCGCCACGCAGCAGCGGAGGCAGCAGCCGCUGCUGCGGCUCCCGUCGUUCCUCACGCGGACCGGGGCGGCCAGGGGCGGCGAGGACUCGUCGUUGUCCGCGCCCGCGCUGUCGCCGCGCCGGCUCGAGCGCCUCCUCCAGCCCGUGGCGCCCGACGGCCCGUCGCCGCGCGGGAACAUCGCGGCGGCGUGGCGACGCCUGCACGGCGAGGAUGGCUGGCGCGGCCUGCUGGACCCGCUGCACCCGGACCUCCGCCGCGAGAUCGUUCGGUACGGCGAGUUCGUCGACGCCGCCUACGGCGCCUUCCUGUCCCGCCCGGACACCGAGCCGGGCGGCCGCCGCGCGCGCGUCCCGCUCCAGGACGUCGCCUACCGGGUCACCGCGCCGCUCUUCGCCAACUCCUCCGUCGGCCUCCCCACCUGGCUCGCCGCCGUCGCGCCGUGCGCCGCGCAGCGGACCAGCCUCGUCGGCUACGUCGCCGUCUGCGAUAGCCCCGCGGAGAUACGGCGGAUGGGCCGCCGCGACAUCGUCAUCGCGCUCCGUGGCACCUGCACCGUCCUCGAGUGGGCCGAGAACGUGCGCGCGGGCCUCGUCCCGGCCACCCACCAUGACUCCGCCGCCGGAGCUUCACCAGACACGUCCAACGCCAAGGUAGAAUGCGGCUUCUGGAACCUCUACAAGACCGCCGGCGAACGGUCCCCGAGCUUGUCGGAGAUGGUCGUGUCCGAGGUGCGGAGGCUGCUGGAGAAGUACAAGGGCGAGGAGGUGAGCAUCACGGUGACGGGGCACAGCCUGGGCGCCGCGCUGGCGGUGCUGAUCGCGGACGAGCUCGCCGGAGGCGUCGCGGCACGCGCGAGGGCGCCGGUGGCGGUGUUCUCCUUCGGCGGGCCGCGGGUGGGCAACCGCGCGUUCGCGGCGCGCGUGGAGGCGCGGGGCGCGCGCGUGCUCCGCGUCGUGAACGCGCACGACGUCGUGCCGCGGUUCCCGCCGGGACUCCCGCUCCCGGGCUACGCCGACGUCGGACGCGAGCUCCGCCUCGACAGCCGCGCGUCGCCGUACCUCCGGCCCGACGCCGACGCCGCGUGCUGCCACGACCUGGAGGCGUACAUCCACCUCGUCGACGGCUUCGUCGGCUCGCAUUGCCCGUUCAGGGACAACGCCAAGCGCAGCAUCCUGCGCCUCGUCAAGAACCAGGGCGGCAACGUCAAGCAGCUGUACAUGAGCAAGGCCAAGGACAUGCGAAUCCAGCUCGACGGCGGCGGAGGCGGAGGCGCCGACAUGGCCGGGUCUAUGCUCGGCCGCGUCGACAUGCCCGGCGCGGCGAGCACCGUGGUGGAGUGUGUGCACUGACGAACGGCCGCAACCGCAACGACAACGGCGGUGCGAGCUGGGUGUGGACUCGCGUACGUCGGCGCCCAAAAAGAAUUGUUUCGUCAACACAGAUAAUGGAGGGUUGACUUGGGCAAAUUUUUUGAUUAGUUUUUGGUAUUUGGUCACAACUUUUUACCAAGUACAAGUACAAAAGUGUUGUUGUUGUUGGUUGGUGGAUCCGUGGAUAUACCAAACAAUCAAAGUGGUGGGUAUACAUGGAAAACAUUGUAUAGAUGAACAUUAACUGAUUUAGUUGGUUAAUAGUAAUGGUGUUUUACA